CCAGCGACCGUGUGAAGUUCGCGACUGCAUUACAUAAGAAGGAGGAACAAGUUGUAUCUAUACAAAUGUAGCAUUUAAAAAAAAAACAGCGGAUUUGUAGUAAAGUGGAAUGCAAUGGGCGAUUCACGGAUAUCAUGUAGGAUUUUAUAUUUAGCGAAUACAAAAAAGAAACCAAAGCUAUGGAAAGGAAUUAAAGCUGCCGUUCCCUUCAAAUUACAGCUUGUGUCUUGAUACUGCGUAUGAACGAAGGCAGAACUUGUAUUUAUAUUUUUUUUAAAGAUGGAUAUGGUUAAACUUGGUUUGUAUUGCACCAAAACUUGAACAUCUAGUCAACAUGUAUAUAUCUAUUAUUGGCUAAUGAAUCUGGGAUGAUAGUUAGAGGUUAAUUCGAAGUGAUUUAUUUCGCUAAUGUUUUUUUUUUUUUUUUUUUUCAGUCUCAGUAGAGCCUGGAGGGAGAGAAGCGCAUAACUUUCCUGGAUUUCAAAUAUUUCGAAAAAAACCGAAUCUCUCCUUUGCAGGGGGCAACCGGGCUGCUUGGUGGUGGAGGAAACCUUAGUUUUUCAUGUGACUCGGGAUUACUUGUUUACAGUCAUGAGGGGGGUAUGUUUUUGGGGUGCAUUUGGCAGGGUCUUUCUCCUGCUGUUGCUUGUUCCGUGCACCUUGGUGCUGCUAUGGGUUCCCGGGUCUCUGCCUCAUCCACAGCCCUGUCAGAUUUUAAAGAGGAUUGGGCACACGGUUAGAGUCGGUGCUGUGCACCUCCAGCCCCGUUUCUUUUACAACAACAUCGGGAGUGAGAGCGACAAGGAGACUGAAGAGGGGGCUGAGAGUGAAGAUGAGAAGGAGUUGGAAAUCAUCACUAAAAGUGGUAAUGGGCAUGGAUCCCGGAACACCAAAACUAAGAACGCAGGCAGCAGACAGCAUAAGGGAACUAAAAGUCGAACUGGAAAUAAGAUUGUGGAAAGCGAGACCACCCUAUUUUCGCCUAAAGAUUCAUUACUAAUUGCCGUAGAACAACUCAAUAGAAUGGUCGGGCUUUUACCUUACAACUUGUCUUUGGAGGUUGUGUUGGCAAUGGAAGCCGGGCUUGGGGAGUUGCCCUCGUUUUCUUUCUCUUCCUCGCCUCCAUCAUUGUUUACGGACCCCGUCUCUUUCCUGCAAAGUGUGUGCCAUACCGUAGUUGUCCAAGGUGUCUCUGCCAUACUAGCUUUUCCACAAAAAAAGCGAGAGUUUUUGGAACUGGAAUUUAUAUCCUCUGUUCUACAGACCCCCGUGAUCAGCAUCGUACAAAAUGAGUUUACAAGAACAAGUAAGAAUCCCCUUCACCUUCAGAUGGCUUUGCAGAACCCUUUUGCCCCACAAGCGAACAUUGUUUUCUCUCUGCUUGCCAUGAACAACUGGUACGACGUCAGCUUGGUACUGUGCCAAGACUGGAAUGUUACAGAUUUCCUUUCUCUUCUGCAAAACAAGUCCAUGUUUCACCUGGGAUCUAUAAUCAACAUCACUACUAACAGCAGCUCUAAGAGUGACGUUCAGAGUUCCUUCCAGGCCCAUUUGGAGUCACUGAAGGAAACAACAUCUACCGUUGUAACUUUUGGCUGUGAUAUAAGGGUUAUCAAGAAGAUCUUUGAGGUUAUUACCAAAUAUGGCCUGACGUUGCCAGAAUACCACUGGAUUUUAGGGGACUCACAGAAUGUAGAAGAGUUACGGUCUGAGGGACUACCUAUGGGUCUGUUAGCACAUGGGAAAAUGGCCGAGCCAGUUCUGGAACAUUAUGUGCAGGAUGCUCUGGAACUGGUGGCAAGAGCUGUGGGGACGGCUGCCUAUAUCCAACCAGAACUGGCUCUCAUUCCCAGUACCACAAACUGCAUGGAUAUAGAGGAAAGAAAUAUAACCUCAGGCCAAUACCUCUCCAGAUUUUUGGCCAACACAUCAUUUGAUGGCCUGAGUGGUCACAUCAAACUUCAGGACGAUUCAGUGAUCACCUCAGACAGCCAUUAUUUCAUUUGGAACCUGCAGCAUGACCCUGUAGGAAACCCUAUGUGGACGCGUCUGGGAAGCUGGAAGGAAGGGAAAGUUGUCAUGGACUAUGGGAUUUGGCCCAACAAAAAGCUGUUUCAGCAGGGAGGCAAUGGUAGACACUCAUCCCGUCUUCACCUGAGGGUGGUCACCCUGGUGGAACACCCCUUUGUGUUCACCCGGGAGGUGGAUGAAGAUGGGCAGUGCCCAGCAGGCCAGCUGUGCCUUGACCCCCUCACCAAUGAUACAGCUGUGCUUGAGAACUUGUUUGAGAAUCUAAAGGGUGUAAAUGACACUGUGCCCAUAGAGUUCAAGAAAUGUUGCUAUGGUUACUGCAUUGACCUUUUGGAGAAACUAGCUGAGGACAUGGGCAUUCAUUUUGACCUCUACAUUGUUGGAGAUGGGAAAUACGGUGCCUAUAAAAAUGGCCGCUGGACAGGACUGGUUGGGGACCUCAUGAGUGGGGCAGCACACAUGGCUGUGACCUCAUUCAGUAUUAACUCUGCUCGGAGCCAAAUAAUAGACUUCACUAGUCCUUUUUUUUCUACCAGUUUAGGCAUACUUGUAAGGACUAGGGAUACAGCAGCACCGAUUGGAGCCUUUAUGUGGCCUUUGCACUGGAGCAUGUGGUUGGGGAUAUUUGUGUCUUUGCAUGUCACUGCCAUAUUCCUCACCCUUUAUGAAUGGAAGAGCCCAUUUGGCAUGACUCCCAAUGGUCGUAACAGGAAGAAGGUAUUUUCUUUCUCAUCUGCCCUCAAUGUCUGUUAUGCCAUCUUGUUUGGCAGAACAGCUGCCAUCAAACCACCCAAGUGCUGGACAGGGAGGUUUCUAAUGAACCUCUGGGCUAUCUUUUGCUUAUUUUGCCUAUCCACUUACACAGCUAACCUGGCUGCUGUGAUGGUGGGGGGGAAAAUCUAUGAGGAGCUCUCUGGAAUACAUGACCCUAAGCUUCACCACCCUUCCCAGGGUUUUCGCUUUGGGACUGUCCGGGAAAGCAGUGCAGAGGAUUAUGUUAAGAAAAGCUUUCCUGAAAUGCAUGAGUACAUGAGAAGAUACAACGUGCCAGCUACACCGGAUGGAGUGGAACACUUAAAGGAUGAUCCACAGAAGCUAGAUGCCUUUAUCAUGGACAAAGCGCUUUUGGAUUAUGAGGUGUCAAUAGAUGCUGACUGCAAACUACUAACAGUGGGGAAGCCAUUUGCUAUUGAAGGAUAUGGAAUUGGCCUUCCACAGAAUUCUCCGCUAACCUCAAAUAUUUCAGAGUAUAUCAGUCAGUUCAAAUCUGAUGGCUUCAUGGACAUGCUACAUGACAAGUGGUAUAAAGUUGUACCAUGUGCCAAAAGAAGUUUUGCUGUGACAGAGACUUUACAGAUGGGAAUCAAGCAUUUCUUAGGGCUUUUUGUAAUGUUGUGCGUUGGAGUUGCAUUGUCCCUUCUUACAACAUUAGGAGAGCACAUUGUCUACAGGCUGGUGAUCCCAAGAAUUAAAAAAAAAUCCAAGUUAACGUAUUGGCUUCAUACAAGCCAGAGAUUACAUCGUGCACUAAACUCAUCUUUUAAUGAGGACAGGUUCCAGCAGAAGGUGACAAAGUUGGAAAAAAGGUGCAAUGUCGGAAAUAACCAACAAGUUGUGUGGAAUACCGCAGGGAACACAAACUGCAACAAAAGGAAGUUUCCGUUUCGGGAAAACAGGCACAAUGACUUAGAAUUGAAACAAUAUAAAGACAUCCCUCUCCCUCAGGUGAGGAGAGAGAUCCCUGCUUCAGCCACCUCAAACGGUAAAACAGACUCCUUGAGCAUGGCAAGGAACUCAGUGAUUCAGGAGCUGACAGAACUGGAGAAACAGAUCCAGCUCAUUAAACAAGAGCUCCAGCUGGCCAUGAACAGGAAAAAUGAACUGGAGGAAUGCCAGCGGAUAAAUAAGAUCACAGAAUCCUAGAUUUGCACAUGAAUAAGAAAUGCACUUUUAAGGAGCUGUCAAAACAAACAAUGGUUGAAUUCAGCCCAACACAAAGGUCUUCUGUUCUCAAGUUUCUAACACACGUCUUUUUGUUUUAAUCACAGACUAUUAAAAAACGUAGUGGGUGGUAUUGGAAAUGCAGCUUUGAUGACUAUACAGUUGAAAGCUUCAAGCUACGUUUACUCCAGUAUGUAUGCGUACAUUGCAGUACGUAAGUGAAUGUCGGCACCACCACCCACAAAAAGGACGCCUGAGGAGCUGAAAUUACAGUAACCGUGCCUCCAUCAUCAACAGAAAUGUUUUUAAGUCAAUUGUUAAACUUGGAUUUAAAGAUGUGGUCCAGUUGUUAAUCAAGAAUUGCUAGGAUACUGAUGCGCUUGGCUGUCUUUUCAUAAUGAAAGGCACUGUUGUUGUUUUAUUGGGUUGUAUGAUUCUGACAAUACAUUUCCAGUUGUAAUUGCACCAUGAUUUCAGAGUCAGUUUUUAAAAAAAUUAUAAUAUGGUUUAAUUGUUACGAUAUGGAUUUUAUCAGGGGUAAAUCAGUGCCCAAAAUAUGCAUGCUAUUUAAAUGUCUGAUUAAAUGGAGCACAACCCACAGAUAUCAAAAGCACUUACAAUGAUGCCUAUUUUUAUAAACUUGUGUUAUUCAGGGGCAUGAGUGAGGGCUCCUCCCCCUACUUCCUUCCUUCCAAUAACAUCUGCUCAUCCCCUAUUUAAACCCCAAGCCUUGAGUUUGCUCUGUCUUGUGUUUUUUGUAUUCCAUCAUCCUCCUCCAUUGCGCUUUUCUCUUCUAUUUGGCUGCUCCACCUCUGUAGCUGGGCUCCUCCUCUGCAACAGUCUCCCUCUUGGGUGUAAGUGAAACUCUUCCCAACCUUAGAAGCCCAGCCGCCGCUGGCUUCGUCCUCCACGAGGGAGCUUCUCCGCGACUCAAGGGGGACCCCUGGCCAAAUUUAUCUAUGGCUGUCAUCUUCCCAUUUCUCUCUGCUAGAUCCCCCUUGGGGAAGUAUCGGUUGCUUCCCAGCCUUGGAGACAGAACAGUUUGGUCUCACCUCCGUGAGGGCAGCUCUCCAGGAGCCAAGGUGAAUCUCCUUACUCUUCUCUAAGUUAUAAGUACAUAUCUUCUAUUAUCAGUUCACGAGGUCUCUUCCUUCACGCAGCCCUUGAUCAUGUCCAGUGAAUCAUGCUAAGACCAUACAAAAAGCACUUAAGUAAAAUACCAUGAGCUGUGAAAAAAAAUGACAUCUCUAGUGUCUAUUGUACUUUUGCAGGAAGCUACGUUAAUAUUUCAAGCUAAAUAAAAAUGUCACCAUUUUUUUUUCAAAAAGCAUACAUUGGCUUCAACCCCCUCAGUUGUCAAAAGCCAUCUUUACAGGAUUGAUACCUGCUAAAGACAAAUGUUUUGGACAUUUGGAAGUUUUAGAAGUGAUUUUUAGCCAUUAACACUUUUAUUUGUGACUUUUUGUGUAACUGUUAGAGGCUUGAAGAAAAUUAAAACAACAACAAAAAAAAGAUUUCAAAGUCAAACCAGUCUAGCACUGCUUUGUAUUGCUAAAGGCAUUUUGCAGGCCUGGAGUACAGUAUUUUAAAUAGCAUCAGCAGAGUCACAUACUCAGGGGUUGAAAUCGAGUACUUCAGUAGUCGCCCCUUUCAAACACAAUGUUGUUUUGGGCACAUGUUUAGCCCACUUAAGACAGUUUAAUGUCAUGUUAAGAAUGUUUUUAGCAGUCCUUUUUUCCAGGGACCCGUAAUAUGUAAGUCGAUAUAUAGCAAGCCUCUCCCUUGUUAACAUAAUGUUGUUUUUGGCUAUGUACACUUAAAUGUCUACUUUUGAAGGUCAUGUUGGUAUAAUUUAAGAUUUUGUUUAAUUUGUGACUUCUUUAAAUUUAUAUUGCCAUAUGCUUCGUCUACCUUUUCUGAAGAAAAGCUGUUCAGUAUAAUUUGCCCAGCUGUCUGUAACAAUGAAAGCAACUAAUUUCCUUGUAUUGCAAAGUAAAUGCCUUGUCCACACAACUUGCUACUGUUAUUUUCUUGCUUCACUAAGGUUUGGAAGAAAAGAGCUGCAAUGCUCAUGCUUAGUAUUUUAAUCGGUUUUGGCAAUGGAUUUAAAGAUUGAUUAAAAGGUCAUGUCACUAAUCAGUCGUACUGGUAAAUUAAUUGCAAAACCAUUAUCUUAAUUUUGUUAGGAAUACCAUGUAUUUUGGUAAACCAAUAAAGAGAAAAAAAAAUAGAUGAUUCCUUUCCACAUUCAUGAUGUGGUGAUGUAGA